AUGCCGCGUCCGCGCCGGCCGCCUGGUGCUGGCCCGGCCUUGACCCUCCUCACCCUCCUGCUUCUUCCCUCGCUUCUCGUGGCCGCUCAGCAGCAGCAUCACCACCGUCAGGUCCAUAGCCCCUCUCCCUACGUCGAGCCGCUCCUCGACACCGCCCGUCGCCCCAUCGCAGCCCACGAUCCCAACGCCAAUGCCAACACCAAUGCCAAAGCCCAUGUCGACACUCCUCAGGGCAGUCCAGGCGACGCAAAGAAGCGUUGGGCUGCCACUCCCCUUCAGGCCCAGCACGCGCGCGCCGUAGCUACCAAAGUCUCGUCUGCUCCAGCCUUCUCGGCUGUCCGAGCCUCAUCCCGCAACACCGCUGCCUCGGGGGCCCUGGUCCCCAGUGCGCGCUCCCUGCAGGACUGGGAAGUCGAGGACUUUGUUCUCUUGGCGACCGUCGACGGCCACAUCCACGCCCGCGACCGAUACAACGGCGAGUACAUCUGGCACCUCCCCGGCCGCCCCAUGUUGGAGACCAUCUACAACCUCUCCAAUGCCAAGAACACACUCGAGGACCAGCCCUUUGUCUGGAUCGUCGAGCCUCGCGAGGACGGCGCGCUCUAUGUGCUCACGCCGGGGCCCUAUCCCGUCCUCCAGAGCCUCGGCCUGACCGUCAAGCAACUGACCGACAUUGCCCCUUACUCGAGUGACGAUCCCGAGCUCCCCGUCGUCUACAAUGUCGAGAAGCGUACGGGCAUGUACAUUGUCGACGCCGCCACAGGCAAGGUCAUCAAGGACUUUGGCCCCGGCGAUACCUUUCUCUCCGACGACAGCUGUGCCCCCGUGACGAGGAACUAUUUUGGCAGUCGCGAUCGCACCUGUCGCGGCAUCAUCGACAUUGGCCAGACCGUCUACACCAUCACCAUACACAACAAAAAGACCAACGAGCAUGUCUGCACCAUUCGCUACGCCGAGUGGAAUCCAAACAGCCGUGACAAGGACUUGCAGGCCCAAUAUGGCCAGACCAUGGACAACCAGUACAUCUACAGCAGAUAUGAUGGCGAGGUCUUCUCCUAUGACCACAGCCGCUCGAGAUGGCGCCAACGCCCCGUCUUCCAAACACCGCUGCCCUAUCCAGUCGCCCGCGUGUUUGACAUUGCCCGGCCCACCCAUGACGACUCCGCCGAAGCCCCUCUGGUCUUGCUACCCCAACCGGCUGGGCCAGCCUUUCGAGAAGAAAUGGCAAACCGCGUUCUCCUCAACACCACCGACACGGGCGCCUGGUAUGCGCUGUCGGAGAUCCACUAUCCUGCCGUCACCGACGGGGCUCCAGAGGCAGCCUGCUACCAACCCAAGGAAUACCUGGACUGGGAUGCCCAUUACAUCUUGCCCGAUACCCAGAGUCUAAUUGGCGUACACGAGCUGGACAGAUUACCGCCCCAGCAGUCGCAGCUCAGGGCCAUCGCCGCCCCAACACAGUUUCAGAACAAGAAUGAGCACGUGCAAUCGACGGCGCCGGCCGAAUCGCUUAGAGAGCAACCCCAUCAAGCCAUUGAUCCCCCGCCACAGCCCAUGAUGGAACCGCGUUCGCUACAGCCAUACUGGCUUGCCUUCACGACUUUGAUCGUCAUCGUCGGCUGCAUCGUGACGUACAAGAAGACGGAGCUGGCUCAAGACUAUUUUUCCAGGCUCUACAACAAGUACCAAGGCGACGAACCACUUUCGCCGGAACCUGCCGCUGUAGAGUCAAAGGUAGAGCCCAAUGAGCAAAAAGACCUUGCGACAGAGAAUUUCAAGCCUGAGAUGGCAGAUGUGACAGUGACGGUAGCAGAAGCAGAAGCAGAAGAGGAAGAAGAAGCAGCAGCAGCAGCAGCAGAAACAGAAGAGGUCAAGAUCGAGAUUCCUGUACCUGCUGAAGUCAAGGAGAAGAAGGUCAUGUUUGAUAUCCCGGACGACGACGACGACGACCUCUCUCCCAUCUCUCGGACAACAACCAUGGAGCAGCCCUCUCCCUCAGAAGAAAGUGCCGAGGUUGGGGCUGUGAAAAGCACGGGAGAGAGCCAACAACCGUCCACCGCUGCCAGUACCGAGGACGGGGGCCAAGAUACUAAUAGUGCCCCUGCCACACCAAAGAAGAAGAAGACGCACCGGGGAAAGCGUGGCGGCAGAAAGCUCAACAGGAACCAGCAAAAGGAUGACGACGAAGUCAACCGCAUCGUGAACGCCGCCAAGCAGCUCGAGGUUGGCCAGGGUCUACAUCCCGAUGAAGUCACCAUGAACGGCGAUGACAUUCAAGACGUUUCCAACAUCAAGCGGAUCGGUAAAUUGACCAUUGACCAGGACAAACUACUUGGCAAUGGCAGUGGCGGUACCUUUGUCUUUGAAGGCAAGUGGAACGAACGCGAAGUGGCCGUCAAGCGAAUGCUGCCCCAAUACUUUGGGCUCGCAGAGCAGGAAGUCAAGUUGUUGCAGGAAAGCGACCUACACCCCAACGUCAUUCGUUACUUUGACGAUGAAAAGGAUGAGAAUUUCCUGUACAUUGCUGUCGAACUCUGCCAAGCCAGUCUCUUUGACCUGUACAAGGAUGGCCGACCCGGAGAGGAACUCACUCCGACUCAACAACGGCUGGUCCACGACAUCAACCUUCACGCUCGACAGGCAUUGUAUCAACUAGCCAACGGCCUCAACCACCUCCACAGCCUUCGAAUCAUCCACCGUGACAUCAAGCCCCAGAAUAUCCUCAUUGCCCACCCACAACGAACGCAAAAAGCCGGAAUCCGUCUCGUGAUCUCCGAUUUUGGCCUGUGUAAGACGCUUCCCGACAACGUGAGCACUCUUAUUGGCACGACCGGCAACGCAGGCACCGUAGGAUGGAAAGCCCCUGAACUCAUUUCCCAACCCAAAGAGCUCGCCAAUGGCAGUUCGCAGGGCUUCUCGCGCGACUCGUCUAGCUCCACCGACCCCGUUGCGCAGGGCGUUAAGCGCGCCGUCGACAUCUUCUCGUUAGGCUGCGUGUUCUUCUACGUGCUCACCAACGGCUGUCAUCCCUUUGACGACGAUGAGGGUUGGAUGCAGAUUCGCGAAUACAACAUCAAGAAGGAAAAGGCCAAUUUGAAACAGCUACGCCUAGGCGACGACUCGGAGGAGCCCUACCACCUCAUCAAAUGGAUGCUCAAGACGCGUCCCGAGGACCGCCCGACGGCCAUUCAAGUCAUGAACCACCCCUUCUUCUGGUCGGACGAAAAACGCCUCAACUUUCUCUGCGACUGCUCGGACCACUGGGAACGUGAACCCCGCGACCCGCCUUCUGAAAUGCUCUCGGCCCUAGAAGACUACUCGUCCGAAGUCCUCGACGCCAAGCGCAACUUCCUAGCCAAACUCGAUCACGGCUUCAUCAACUCGCUCGGCAAGCAGCGCAAGUACACGGGCGACCGCAUGCUCGACCUCCUGCGCGCCCUGCGCAACAAGAAGAACCACUACGAGGACAUGGAGGAGAGUGUGAAGCUCAAGGUCGGGCCGUUGCCGAGUGGUUAUUUGAGGUAUUGGACGGUGCGCUUCCCGAGGCUGCUCAUGGCUUGUUAUGAGUGUGUGGUUGAGUGUGGAUUGCAGGGCGAGUCUAGGUUUAGGCCGUAUUUUGAGGGGCAGAGUAUGUAG